GUCGAACAAAAAUGACUUUGACUGCCAAGAUUUUGUAGCAAAGUGAAAUGAAAAGUGGGAAAGUCGCUAAGAGAAAAACUCUUUCUAAGGGAAGUCCUAAAAAGUCUAAGAAACCAGGAAAUGUCAAAGGAACACGAAAGAAAUUUCAAAGUUCCGGUAAAGUGAAUUCAACUCCGGCGGCAGAAAACACCAUAGAAACAAAAUGUAGAAAGCCGAAGACGUCAAGUGUAACAGAAGGUUCAGCAAGUGCUGAGCAAACAGCUGUAGACGAGCGCCGUCUAAGAAAGCUGAAGGUUUACCUCAAAAGCGUCUCAUACAACGGUUGCGAGGGUACGAACCUGCCAAGCCUGAAUGACCUGUACCAGGACCAGUUAUUUGUGGACGAAUUCCCGUGCAACGAGCUUUCGAAACCCGUGGAAUUCAAAUGCAACCCUACGCCUUUUGUAAUAGCGAGCUGUUUCAAUAGAGCUCAAGCGACAGACAACAGCAAGAGCGGAGGAUACAAAGGUACAAGGAGGGCACCUAGAAAUCAAUAUGUCCCUUCACGGAAAAGAAGUACAAAGAAAUCUGACUUCACUCCGAUAAACUCGCCACUAAAACACUCGUCACCUUUCAUGGUAACGCAAAUGAAAACCAUAAGGGCUGCUAUUUCAAACCCAGUAAACAUAAACAUACAUUUCAACGAAAAAGGCCCAAAAAUGGAGAAUAGAAAACCUCAGAGGGAAGAGAAAGAACCGAAAGAACAAAAGGAAUCAACGCUUAAAUUGUGGCGGAAAGGAAGAGAAAAGACCAAAAACUUGAUAUCACCGCUUGGUAGUUAUUGAAUUGAAGAAAUAAAAUAAAACACAUUUAAAGUUCAGAGUAAA